CACAUGUGACAUUGGACACUACUAUAGAGUUAUUGCUGAAGUCCACUAAAGAAUAUCUUGGAAAAGAAAAAACAUAUGACUAUAAACUUGUAUAUAAUGAACAGGACAUACAAUAUGCUGAUACUCUUAAAAAGUUAGGAUUAAAGGAAGGAGACUUGGUUGAAACAAAAUUGAUUCCAUUUAAAAUUUAUGUGGAAAUGCAAACUGGUAAAAUUAUAGAACUUUAUGUGACUGAGAGAAGCACUGCUAUUCAUGUUAAAAGAAUGAUUGCGAAUUCCAAAGGUAUUCCUAUUUAUGAACAGGUUCUUUUAUUCGACGAAAAAGAAUUGAAAGAUACUAGCAUCAUGGAAGACUUUAAGAUUCAAAAGGAGUCAAAAUUGUUCUUGACUUCAAAGAAAAAGGAACAAACUGAUGAGAUUACAGAAUAUCAUGUUUUUAAUGGAAACCAAUUGAAUAAUGUUGGCAUCUUGGGAAAUUGUGACAUUCAAAAACAACAAGAAUCAGAAUUGCACAUAUUUCCAAAGAAAAAGGAUCAUCAUAUUUUUGUGAGAACAAAAACUGGAAAAAUCAUUGAUCUGUCAGUAGAGACAAGUAAUACCAUUGAUGCUACAAAAAAAAUGAUAUAUGGUAAAACCAAUUUCCCCCCUGAUCAACAACAUCUUAUUUUUGGUGGCAAGCUAUUAGAAGAUGGAUGUACAUUGAGUGAUUACAAUAUUCAAAAUGAGUCCACAGUGGAUCUUGUACUUGGAGUAAUGCAAAUUUUUGUGAAAACAAUUACUGGAGGAACUAUUACUCUGGAGGUAGAUCAAAGUGAUACCAUUGAUAAUAUAAAACAAAAGAUAAAAGAUAGAGAAGGCAUUCCUCCUGAUCACCAAUGUAUGAUUUUUGCUGGCAAGCAAAUGUUAAAUGGACGUACCUUGAGUGAUUACAAUGUUCAAAAGGAGUCCACAUUGCAUCUUGUACUUAAAUUACGUGGAGGAAUGUUUCAAGAAACCAGUGGACGUCUAGAAUUCAGUGCAUUGCCACCACUUACACAAUAUCUGCAGAUGCAAGUUCCUGAAAUACAUAUGCAAGGCAAAUCUCAUGUUGGUAUUGCUUGUAAUUAUUGUGGUAAAAAAGAAUGGAAAGGUGCAAGGUUUAACUGUUCAACAUGUUUUGAUUAUGACUUGUGUUUUGAGUGUAUCAAAAUGGCCAACUUGCUUCAUGAUAAACAACAUAAUUUUGUGGAAUACUUGGAUCCAGUAAAUGAAAAAGUUACUACAAAAAAAGAUAUCACAACUAAUCCUGUUACUGUAUUACCAAUACUUCCAACAACAAAAGAAGAGAUGUUGAAUUUAUUACAUGAGGAGGAAAAGCGAAGGCUGUCACCAGAAAUGCAACAACAAUAUUACAAAGUUGGAAGCGAUCCCACAUCUGGCAAGGACUGGAUGGAUGUCACUGACCAAAUGCAAUAUGAGUUGGUUCGAGAGUUUGGUUACUCUGAUGAAGCUGUACAAUUAUUAAGACGUGCUCCACAACUUUAUCAAGAUGAUCCUGAAUUUUAUAACACUCAAUUAUAUGUUCGCAACAACAUUGCUUCUGUUGGAGACCUCAAAGAAGGAAUGCCAGCGCCUGAUUGUCCACUGGUUUCCCUAAACACUACAACAAUGAAUGUUGAAACUAUCAGUUCACCACCAAAAAUAAUUCAAUUGCACUCUCUUUAUAAACCAGGACGACCUUUUGUCCUUCUUGGUGGAUCACACACUUGUCCUUUAUAUCGUUACAUAUCUCAUGUGCUCAAUGACAUUUAUAAGAAAUAUCAAGGAAAUGCAGACUUCUACAUGAUUCAAAUUCGUGAAGCACAUGCCAGUGAUGUUUGGCCAAUUGGUAAUAUCGUUGAUGUUAAAGAGCACCGUACAUUGGAAGAACGAUUAGCAGCUGCACAUGAGAUGGUUAAAGCUACUAAUCUGAAGAUUCCUGUGCUGGCUGAUACAAUGGAUAAUAUUUUUUUGAAGUUAUAUUCACCUUGGCCAUUCCGAUUUUUUGUAAUUGUAGAUGGUAUUUUGAAACUUGUUGGAAUGCCAAAAGAAGCGCGCUAUGAUACAACAGAUCUAGUCAAUUGCUUGGAUAUUCUUAUUUAA